CCAAAACUCAAACUUUGGAGGGAAACGACUCAUUUUCAAAAACCAUUUCAAAAGCUGAACCCUUUUUCUCUCAAUUUCCCUGCAGACUCUGGAAUUUCUGAGCUCUGGUAGCAACCGGAAAUGGCUGAAACCCUAAGCCCCAAUCCCAAAUCUAGGGCUCCAUUUUCCCCUACGAAGAGCCCAUUCUUCAUUGGCUCCAAUGACGACAAACUUGAACGCGCUCAGGCGCGUGCGGCACGCGCCGCCGCCAUCCGACGUAAGCCUACUGUCCAUACCACCUCCGUCACCUCUGAAGUCGACCCAUGUCUCGGAAAAGAACAGAUUCUUGAGUUGUUUCACAACUGCAUCAAACUCGCCAGUGAAAAUAAAAUUAAUCAGAAAAAUACAUGGGAGCUGAAUUUAAUAGAUCAUCUCUGCGAGAUUAUUAAGGUCGAGGAAGAAAAUGACACCGAGACCAACUUUCAGAAGGCAAGUUGUACUCUUGAAGCUGGGGUUAAGAUCUAUUCCAUGAGGGUAGAUUCAGUGCAUUCUGAGGCAUAUAAAGUCCUUGGAGGAAUUAAUCGGGUUGGGCAAGAAGAUGAAGAAGGCCAUGCCGUUGAUGCUGCCAAUUUCAGUACUGAACAAGGGGAAAAUGAUCCAAAGAAAGAGCAAGGGAGAAAGUUGUCACCGCUGUCAACAUUAGAGUCCUCUUUUGCAGCUAUAAAUGUAAAGAAGUUUGAUGUUGCUUUUGUGGUAGAUCCUCUCUACCAUCAGACAUCUGCACAGUUUGAUGAAGGUGGAGCGAAGGGUCUCUUACUGAACAAUCUUGGUGUUUACGCUAAUUGCCGUGUUCUUUUUGAUUCUUUGGAAGUACCUGGGAAAUGUCUGUCCCCUGUGUCUCAGUGUGAGGGCGUAGAGACAGUUGAUUUGUCUUUUGCUAGUGAGUGUGUUGAACAGAUGGUGUCAAAUGUGCUUAACAAGUCUGAAAUAUCUCCCAGCCUUACGGCUAUAGUAAACCAAUUUGAUAAGGAUGACCGAAGACCACUGGAGACAUAUUCUACUGGCCAAAGUUCUGAGCAAGUUAACGAGAAUCCUGAUAGGAAUGUUGACUUAGAUGGCGAGACAUUUGGGAAUGCUGGAACUUGGGACUUUGAUCAUGAUGAUCAAGCAAGUGUGGUAGAUGAGGACACUUAUGACCAGGAUACAGUUUUCCCAAGUCAGCAAGAAGCUACUGAUAUGGCUGAUGAGCAAUUAAAUUUUCAUGACCCUGAUUGGGAUGAUAGAGUUCAAGAAGUUGAUAGCUAUUUAUUCUUAAGUUUGGGAUUCUCAACGAAGCAAAAUGCAUGGGCAGGUCCUAGUCAUUGGAAAUACCGGAAAGUUAAAGAUCCUGAGGUUCCAGACAAGGAAAAUGGACCACUAAAGCCCAAGAAAACGAAAAACAAGAAAGCAGAUAUCGACAUUGAUUUUUCAAACGCAAUAGACACUGAUAUUUCACAUAUCUUUGCUCCUCCAAAGAAUCCAAAGUCCCUGUUAUUGCCAGCAAAUAGAGCACCUUGCGACACAAAGCUUCCAGAAGAUUGUCACUACCAACCGGAGGAUCUUGUGAAGCUAUUUUUGUUACCUCAUGUUUUGUCCCUCGGAAAAAGUGGAAGGAAGAGAACGGAUGAAGAAAGUCAACAAAGAGAUGGAUAUGGAGCAACGACAUCCUGGGAUGAUGAAGAUGCUUUUGGUGGUGCUUUUGAUGAUGGACAUGCUUAUAGUGAUAAUGAGGAGACAAGUACACUUGUUUCUCAACCUCGACAGGUAAGUAAGAUCGAAGUCCAGUAUGAUAAGACAUGUAAACAAGUAGAUGUUCACGUACUAAAGGAAAUUCUUUGGGGCCAAAUACAACAAAUCAACCAAACUUCAGUUGAGGAACCUUCUCAGGAAGAGGCACCAGAAGAGACCAUAUCAUUCAAGCAAGUCUUGGCCAGUUUCCCAGACAGCUGCACAGCAGCAGCUUCUCUCAACGACAUCUCCCCACAUUUGUGCUUCAUAUGCCUAUUGCAUCUGGCCAACGAGCAUGGACUGCGGAUCCUUGGCUGCCCCAGCUUGGAUGAUCUCAGCAUACACCUCAAACCUCACAACCCCCCGACUUAAGGUGCUUUACCUCCAAACCUCUGCCUACUUAUUGUUAUUGCUAUAUGUGCAUUUUGUGUAGAUUACCACACCCGCUUGAUCCAUCCAAACUCAAAACGACAAGACAUAUCGAUGGUCUUGACGUUGUAGUUAUGCUAUGCUCACUAAUAAUUGUAGAGACGAAUGACCGAUAACUUUUUCUCCUGAUAUUUCAUUUGUGUGCUGUUGUAGUAGCACAUUUUCAUAA